AUGACAGUUUCUCGUGCCCUCAAGGCCUUGACGGCCAUGACUUCCUUGAACCUGCACAAACACGCCCACAUCAACACCGACCAGAAUCUUGUUUUGGCUGACUGCGGCAUUGGCUCCAACCCCGAGAAUCAGACUUGGUCCACCUCCCGCCAGAUGAACUGGUACAAGGGCGCCAUCUGGUCUGCUCCCACCGAGGCUGACCCUGCGCCCCCUGACUUGGUCGUAGAGAUGCCCUACGGCGAUGGCAAAUACCCCUGGAACUUCGAAGGUGCCUCCGCCACCUUUUCCAACGGCGAGACCUGGUCCGCGUGGAUCGAAGACGGCACCCCCGAGCUCCAUCGUGCUGGAAAGGCCAUGAGCACCAAGGACGGCGGUACCACUCUUUGGUGCUACACCUACCGAGGACACCCGGUCAGUAAAAGUGCCUCUGGCAACUCGACUUGCACCUCGGCUUUUGUCUGCAAUUAUCUAGAGGCCGGACCUACCCCCUGGGCCCAGAUCCCAGGUGUGGCUACUCUUUCACACAACGGCACUGUCUUCACGGGUACUCCCAACAACUCUUCGGCCGCAGGCAAUACCCUGACUGUCAAGGUCGAGAUCAGCCCGCGUCCUGCCACCUGGUAUGGUACCAUCAACCAUUUCCUGAGCAGCAUCAUCUUCACCACCGACGGCGUGUGCAGCCCCAACCCCUUCUCGAACCGCCUGAACUCUACCGUCACGGCUCGCUGCCAAGGCACCAACGAUACCCCCCUCAACUUCCUGCCUGUCUUCUUCAAUGUCCUCAAAAACCUUGGAUCCCUCUCCGGCUCUGACGGCUACUUUGUCUACACCCACGGGCCGGCUCCCUUUGCCAGCGACACCUCGGACGACACACUCAACCUACCCGCCACCUUCAAUCUCACCGCCUAUGACAUGGCAACAGGAGAGCUCAAAGGCUUCAUCGGCUACGAGAUGAAGUGGUCGGAACCAGGAGUUGGUAUCCAUUGCCACGAGUGCAACACCACCAAGUUCGACACCAACUACAAUACCGCCAUCGCCUCGGCCUUCGACGUGCUAUAUCCUACCUACUCUCAGAUUGCUAUUGAGAGCAAGUGCACGUUUGACACACUUUGCUGGUAA